GAAGAGGUAAGGAACACGCUUCAAGGAUCUGCCAAGGGUCCAACAGACCAUUGAGCUUGCGUCAACUUGAACGUACCCAGCACCUACAUGAGGAGGGGCUUUGUUCUUUAUAAACAAUGCUCUCGAACUCGCUUUGUGGGCGAGAUCAUUCAAUGCCAGUCUCUCAUGAUGGCGGAUUUCAAGGAUAAGGUCAUCGUACUGACGGGGGCGUCCAACGGAAUCGGCGCAGCGACUGCUCAAUUGUUUCUGGAACAAGGCGCCAAAGUCGCGGCACUAGACAUUGUCGACGCCCCAGCCUCAGCUGAUGGACAACGGCUUAAUGUCAAAUGUGACGUCUCUUCUGAGGAGUCCGUCAAUGCGGCAAUCAAGCAGGUCCUGGACAAGUGGUCCACCAUCGACGUCCUCGUCAAUGUCGCCGGGGUUAUGGAUCAGUUUGAACGAGUCGGCGACGUGUCCAACCAGAUCUGGAACCGGGUCAUGAACAUCAACCUCAACGGGCCCUUCAACACGAUGCGCGCCUGCAUCGGCCACUUCCUGACCAAGCCGACUGAACAGAAGGGCCGCAUCGUCAACGUCGGGUCCCUGGCUUCCAUCAAAGGCGGCACCGCGGGGGUCGCCUACACGACCUCCAAGCACGCCCUGCUCGGCCUCUCGCGCAACACGGCCUGGAUGUACGCCAAGGAGGGCAUCCAGUGCAACAUCCUGCUGCCCGGCGGCGUGAGCACGGACCUCAUGAAGAACAGCAAAUCCAUCCCGGACAAGGUCGGGAUGGACAUGGUGAUGCCGACCAUGGCGACGGCGGUGGGGACCUGUGCGCCGGAAGACAUGGCGAGGGCGAUUCUGUUUCUGGCGGCAUCUCCGGGUGUCAAUGGGGCCGAGUUGAAGGUUGAUAAAGGGUGGUCGACCGCUUGAGCUGGAGGGAAAAUCAUCUGGGAGAGGGGUUUCGUGGUGACACGAAAACGCUGAACGGGAUUAAAUGGCUCAGGGAGCAGUCUCGAGAAAUAACGCGCAACCGGCUCAAGGCCGGUUUCGGCAAAGGUGUCAACUCAGCGAUAUACAGCUCUGGCACCCUGGUGGCACACGGCGGAACGAAAGUCGAUACAUUAUCUGCACAUCCCCCACAUGUGGGCGGUGAUUGUAGGAGAUUCAUCUAAGACCUCUCAUUUGGUGUAGACCACCACUUGGUCGAAAGGGACGGAUCAAACUCGGGAAAAAUCAGAUUAACGGAAAUUUGAGGCAAAAACCACAAUUGGGAUUUUUUUUUCUCUACAGUAGGACUGGAGGCCUAUCUUUUCGCUUCGAGCUCUAGAAACUAAACAAUAGACUAAAAAUGGCUGUA